AUUAACAAUUUGCUGAUGACUGGACCCAAGGCUUAUCUUACAUAUGCAAGUAGUGUGCAGGCCGGUGCGCAGAGUGGGAUACAGGAAUGCAAACAUCAGUUUGCUUGGGACAGGUGGAACUGUCCGGACAGCGCACUACAACUUUCUACUCAUAAGGGAUUUAGAAGUGCAACGAGAGAGACGUCAUUUGUCCACGCAAUAAGCGCAGCCGGGGUGAUGUAUACUUUGACCAGAAACUGCAGUCUCGGAGAUCUGGACGACUGCGGAUGUGACAGCUCGAGGAACGGUAAACUCGGAGGUCGUGGUUGGCUUUGGGGAGGUUGUAGCGAUAACGUGGAGUUUGGAGAGAGAAUUUCAAAACAAUAUGUGGAUGCGCUGGAGACCGGACAGGACUCUCGAGCUGCUGUUAAUCUUCACAAUAACGAAGCUGGUCGUUUGGCUGUAAAGGCGACCAUGAAGAGAAUCUGUAAAUGCCACGGGAUGUCAGAAAGUUGCGCAAUGCAGACAUGCUGGAUGCAGCUAUCAGAUUUUCGUGAGAUUGGCAAUUACUUGAAAGUCAAACACGACCAGGCUCGGAAACUCGAGCUUGACAAGAGGCGCAUACGCGCGGGAAACAGCGCCGACAACCGCUUGGCCAUGGCAGACACGUUCAGCUCCAUAGCCCGGACAGAGCUCAUAUACUUGGAGGAUUCGCCGGAUUAUUGCGCCAGGAAUCUGAGCCUCGGCUUUUCUGGCACAGAGGGUCGUGAAUGCGUGCAACACGAAGAAAGUCUAACCCAGUGGGAGAGGCGCAGUUGCCGGAGACUGUGCCACGAGUGUGGUUUUCGGGUGGAAGAGAGGCGCACGGAGGUAGUGAGCAGCUGUAACUGCAAGUUCCACUGGUGUUGCACAGUAAAGUGCGAGAACUGCUCUCAGGUCACUGCCAAACACGUCUGCGCGCGGAGACAAGGCGGCCACGGUCACCACAGACGCAGACCUCGCGGACCAAAAUAA